CAACGUGCUCCUCCAUGACGUACGUUCUAGAGAUCCUAAACAAAAGAAAAGAAAAAAAUCAAACACACUACUCUUCUCCCUCUUCACUUGCUCAUCUCCUCUGCAAAAAUCUGUAAUACCCAUCAGUUCCAAUCAACAGCAUUUUCUUAAUUUAUCAAACUAAUUAGCAAUGUCAGCUCAGCUAUCGAAGACAGACUCAGAGGUAAGCAGCCUAACUCAGUCAUCUCCUACAAGAUCAUCCCCGCCUGGCCUCCCUGUAUACUACGUGCAGAGCCCAUCAAGGGACUCUCAUGAUGGCGAGAAAACCACAAACUCCUUCCACUCCACUCCAGUUCUUAGCCCCGUGGGGUCGCCUCCUCACUCCCACUCCAACUCUUCCUUAGGGCCUCAUUCCCGGGAGUCCUCCUCUACUCGCUUCUCUGGUUCCCUCAAGCCCCACCGCAAGACUGAUGGAUCCAACCAAAAAGUCAGCCGGAAGCCAUUGAAGGAGUUUGACGCCAUUGAAGAAGAGGGUCUUCUGGAUGGAGAUAUUUCCCCACAUGGCUUGCCUCGUCGUUGCUAUUUUGUUGCUUUCAUUGUAGGCUUCUUUAUACUUUUCUCUGUGUUUUCGUUGAUUCUUUGGGGUGCAAGUCGGCCUCAGAAACCUACAAUCACCAUGAAGAGUAUAGUGUUUGAUCAAUUUGCAGUACAAGCUGGUUCGGAUUUCUCAGGAGUAGCCACAGAAAUGGUGUCAAUGAACUGCUCCGUGAAGCUCACAUUUCGCAACACUGCUACGUUCUUUGGGGUUCAUGUAACAUCAACACCUUUGGAUCUAACCUACUCUCAACUCACUGUGGCUACUGGAACCAUAAGAAAGUUCUAUCAAUCAAGAAAGAGUCAAAGAUCAUUAACAGUAAUGUUAAAGGGGAGCAAUAUCCCAUUGUAUGGAGGAGGAGCUAACUUGGGCAGCUUGAAUGGUGCACCAACUCAACCAGUGCCAUUGACACUUAAUUUUAAGGUUCGAUCAAGAGCUUAUGUUUUAGGGAAGCUAGUGAAGCCCAAGUUCUACAAGAAGGUGGAAUGCUUGGUGGUCAUGGACCCAAAAGAAAUGAAUGUGGCAAUUUCGCUCAAGAACAAGUGCAAUUACGAGUAAAACUUCAUGCAUGAAUUAGAAAGGAAACCAAAAGGAGCUAGGUAUAUAUACAUUAUUAAUAAUAAUGUUAUUUAAUAUUUUAUCUUUUGGCAAUAUGUAUAAUCAAUUAUUAGUUAUAAUCACAGGAGACAGAAGAUCUUGUGGGGAAGAAGGAAGCCUCCUGAGAAACCAUAACUGGGUUAUGGUCAGGAGUUGUUGCCUGGACCCAUAAAAAUCACCCUAUCUACAAUGAGGAUUCGUCGGUGGCUUUAUAUAUACAUAUAUAUAUGUGUGUAAUCUUGAAAUUUUUCUUGCAAGACUGAUACUUGAAUUAUUAUAUUAAUCCUCUCGACUUGCUCCUAAUAUUUUAAUUAUUAAGGUGUUUGGUGAAAACCUGAUAUUAAUUACCAACAUGUUGUUCUCUCAUUUUGUAAC